UCUCUUUGUUGGUACAGCCAAUGAAAUCAUCCAGAACACGGCUGGCUGCCGGGGUUACGAUAGGCAGAAUAACAUAGUGAAAUCAUUAAUCCCAAAAUAUUAACCAUGUGAUGGAGGGUUAAAUUACCAAAGAGGAGUUUUCAUCAUGAGGACGAAGCUUUCGAAUAGACAGCCUACUCGAUAUUGGGGAAAUAUGUAGUAGACUACGAACGGAACGGAAUGCAUAGCAGAGGUCAGCUGUGGGAGUCAGUCGCCCCCGCAGUUUUCUGAGCAAAGGAUGAAGUUACAGAGGAGGAAGCCAAACGGUGAAUAUUCCACUACGGGCAACUAGCAAACUACAUUGGUAUGAAUGGUCCACACACAAUGCGGUAUUUUAUUCGGCUAUGCUUUGGGGUUUGAAUUCUUGCUAGCCUAUAUCUUUCAGACUUUUUAAUGGCUAAAGAUUAUGCUUAGAUAAAUAUAUGAAAUGCAUAUUUUUUCUGGUGCAUUUCUACCUAUAAAGCUUCACACGUGCCCCCCAAAAUAAUUUCGUUAAUAUGUGAUUUCAGUAUCCUUUAUAUGGAUGUACGGGAGUGGAUAUUGGUACAGCAAGAUGUUUGUUUUAGCAAACCUGUGUUAUUGACAAAGGCUAAGCAAAUCAUCACGGGCUGCCAUCUGCCAGGACCCCCACUUUUGAAUUGAACAAUGACUGGACCCAACGCCACUAGCACUAGUUCACCUGCAGCUAAAAUGGGGAGGCACCGAUCCAAAAGCACCAGUGGCAGUACGUACUGCAUGUCGAGCCCGGGUGCUGAAUCUGCCUCCCUUAGCACCCCCAACAACGCUGGACGUUCAUCGGGAGAGGAAGAGGAGAAAGAUGGGGGGGUGCUAUUUUACGUGAACAGAACUGGUUUUCCCAUUGACGGUGUCACUUGGGAGAGGAUGUGGACUCAUGUGGCCAAAGUACACCCUGAUGGACAAGACAUUAGUAAGAUAAGGAAUGCUGCAUACCUUCCUAAACACCCUGUGCCAUCGGUCCCCAACUUCAAGCCCACCAUGUCUGUCCCUGAUUGGCUGCUGGCCAUCCAGAACUAUAUGAAGACACUGCACUACCUGACCAAUGGGCUGACCUCGGUGGAGCGUUUUCCCAUCAGCUUCAAGACCCAGUUCUCAGGUAACCACUUCCACCACGUGGUGCUGGGCGUCUACUGCAACGGACGCUAUGGCACACUGGGCAUGAGUCGCCGCCAAGACCUCAUGGACAAGGCCCUGACCUUCCGCACGCUCAGCGACCUGGUGUUGGAGUUCGAGGACUCGUACCGCCGCUACCAGCACACCCUGAAGAAGGUGAAGAUCGGCCUGUACGUGCCCCACGACCCGCACGUCUUCCAGCCUAUCGAGUGGAAGUACCUGGUGCUCAAUGCCGCCCGUCUGGGGAGAGAGGACAUGAGGAAGGAGCUGGAAAAGCAUGGCCGAGACAUGAGGAUGAAGAUCCUGAAGUCGUCUAGUGCCCAGUCUCCCAUCAAAGAACGGAGCAGAGGCAAGUCUCUCUCCCCCCGCCGCCGACAGAGCAGCCCCCAAAGACGCCACAUCCACCGGAGAGACAAGUCUCCUGCGGCUCUGGAUCGGAAACCUGCAGAACUCAGCACUUUGACCGACGGCUACCAGAUCCGCAUCUGAGACUCCUUGGAACUGGACUACAUUCUCCUGGUCUCCACUCUGACCACCCAGUCCGCCUCCCUCACAUAUGUUCACCUGACAUUGUGUAUAUCAUAAUUCUAAAGUAUUUAUAGGGUUUUGCCAGCCUCUUCUAUAGGGGGAAGAUGAUGACAUUAUGCUCAGUGCUAAACUGGAGGCUGACAUCCAGUAGGAACAAAUACAUUGAAUAUAUCAAAGGUAUAUAUUUCCUGUCCUUCAUGACCAGACGAACAAAAGCCUGAACAAGAGGUGUGUUUCAUUAUACACCUCCACACAUGCAUUAGCCACAUUAUACAUUUGCAUACAUAUCUAUUAUGUUUUUAAUGAAGGACUGAUGCCUAAAUUGCAUGAAGACAUCAUAUCAAGACCUCUCAUGCGUUUAGAGAAGUACAUAUGUUGGAUUCUCUACAUCGUUUUUAAAAAAAUCAGUUUUUGUAUAGCCUGUGUGCUUUUGUGUAGGAGAGCAACAGUCACAUUUCGUUUACUUCUACAAUGUGAAGAUUCGUUUUUAAAAACAGAAUCUGUGGGUUAAAAAAAUAGCCGACAGUAUGUUGACAUUAUGUAAAAAGGAUCAAAUAGUGUGACUGAUCAUCUAUUUUUUUUUUCAAUAUAAUUAAUAUAUAGACUGAACGGUUGUUGUAAUGCCUAAGCCUGUAGAGGAUGUUAAGUAGUUAUCUGCUGGGCUGAGCUGUAGUCCGUGUGAUGAUGUGGGAAGUGAAAGGGUGAGAGAAGAGUUGGAGGAAACAGGAGGUACUGUAGGCUUUAGGUGAGGGGAACAGAGAGGGGCCAAAGACCAGGGCAGUCAAGCAGAGAGCCUGCUGAGUACUCUGCUAAACCCCAGCCCUGACACUGACUCUCGGUUAGAUUAUCCCCCCUGUCUCUGUCUCUAUAGACCCUCCUCUCUCACAGAUACAGUGCUGGGCCUGGUUUCCCAAAAGCAUUUUAAGGCUAAGUUCAACGUUAGAACCAUCGCUUAUGAUGCUUUUGGGAAACCAGGCCCAGAUCAAUUAAUCUUUUAAGGAAAUCAAAGCUUGUGACAAUGAUGCUUUGGAGCUUAGCCAGAACAUUACCUUUUUAAUCCCAAGAGAAUUUGACCGUGACGUGUUGCUUCAAAAUGUCAACUCUGUUACACCUCAGCAUACAGACGUAUACGAAAACAUGUCUGAUAAUAUUAUGUAGCUCCUAACCUGAGGCCUUUCUGAAUCCUAUCACAGAAUCUUGAAGUUAAGAAUGCAAAUACUGAACUGAACACCACAAGACAGACACAUCAGUCAAAUCAAGGCUUCUAUGCCAUCUCAACUGCCAUGAUGCGGUGUUGAAGAUUGUUUCCAUUUUUUUUUGUAGUAUUCAAAAGUCAUCAGAUAUCCAGGAGGGUGCCAACUGAACAAUAUAACAUUUUAUAGCUUUUGGUUAAACAAGCUAUGCACAUCAAAGGGAAAUGAUAAAUCAUUGUAUGUCUUCCUCAAUCUAAAUAGUUUCGAGAUUGCAGCAGAAUUGAAAUCCAGUCUCAUUUUCUUGAAUCCUGAACGAGCUGAGAACAUAUCAGUUCUUAUGUUUCUAAUUAAAAUGUUUUAUUCUAACGAUCAAAUUGUGAAUGGUGCUGCUAGUCUGACAGUAUACCAUCAAGGCCAACACUAUUGGCACCAGCCGUCUGAAAGACUAUAAGCACAAAAUAACCAGCUUAAUAUACAUGGCCAAAAGUAUAUGUAUUGGUGAAUUCGGCUGUUUCAGUCACACCCGUUGCUGACAGGUGUAUAAAAUCGAGCACACGGCCAAGCAAUCUCCAUAGACAAACAUUGGCAGUAGAAUGACCAAUACUGAAGAGCUCAGUGACUUCAAUGUGGCACUGUCAUAGGAUGCCACCUUUCCAACAAGACAGUUUAUCAAAUUUCUGCCGUGCUAGUGCUGCCCCGGUCAACUGUAAGUGCUGUUAUUGGGAAGUGGAAAUGUGCUGAAGCGCGUAGCACGUGAAAACCGUCUGUCCUCGGUUGCAACACUCACUACCGAGUUCCAAACUGACUCUGGAAAAGGCAUACAGUAUACAAUGACAUUCUAGACGAUUCUGUGCUUCCAACUUUGUGGCAACAGUUUGGGGAAGCCCCUUUCCUGUUUCAGCAUGGCAAAGCACAAAGCGAGGUCCAUACAGAAAUGGAUUGUCGGUGUGGAAGAACGUAACUGGCCUACACAGAGCCCUGACCUCAACCCCAUCAAACACCUUGUGGAUGAAUUGGAACGCCGACUGCGAGCCAGGCCUAAUCGCCCAACAUCAGUGCCGACCUCACUAAUGCUCUUGUGGCUGAAUGGAAGCAAGUCCCCACAGCAAUGUUCCAACAUCUGACGGAAAGCGUUCCCAGAAGAGUGGAGGCUGUUAUAGCAACAAAGGGGGACCAACUUCAUAGUAAUCGCCGUGAUUUCGGAAUGAGAUGACGAGCAGGUGUCCACAUACUUUUGGCCAUGUAGUGUAUGACUUUGGUUUUACAAUCCUCUAUAGAAGCAGAAUGUGCUUCACUUUUACACAAUACAAUUGUUUGUCAAAUCUAUACAGGCUAGGUUUAACAUUCUUACUGUUAAACACUUACUGUUAAACACUCUUUUCAAUAUGCAUUGCGGAAGUUCAGCUUUACAGCGUGACUGAAAUUUGAAGGCAAUGUCAGCUUUAGUGGAGACUGCAUUUACCAUACCCACUGCAUAUCUAACUCUUCAGCUUUCCAGAUUGAUUAGAACCCUUACUGGGAGGAAAGACUGCUUUCACUGCUGCAAAUCUGGGAACUGAAAGAUAAUACUCUUAAGUGAUGUAGCUAAAUUAGAGUUGUGCUCUUAACUGUUUAGUGUUGAGCUAAAUUGUGUUGUGGCUGAGUUCUAUUGGUGAUUAUUCGCUGUUUCUUGAACAAAUCUGUUACUGAGUGCAGUGUUUAAUCGUGCUGGUUGUUGUUUUUAUGACGUGGUGAAAACACUUUGUUGUGAUGAUGAUGAUGAUGAUGAUGAUGAUAUUCUUUGGACGAGGUGUGAUUUUUAAAGAAGCACACCACAUUGUAGCAGUAUCAUUUUUCAAAGGUCUUGCUAUGUUUGUACUGUUUGACCACUGAAUAGGCUUGAAAAAUGAAGUACCAUCCAAUGGGAUAAUGGUUAAAGAAAAACAGUACCACUCAUGACUGUGGAUUUCUUUUAUCCAUUUUGUAUUUACCAAAUGGUGUUUUAAAAAAAAAAAGAAAAGAAAAACAAGUUAUCUGAAUAACUGCACAAUAUGAGUAACCUAAACCAGCUACCACCACUAUAAUAUACCACCACCUUCUGCAUUUAGUGGUUGAUAACUUGAAAGGCAAUGAUGUGCUGUUGGGACUAAGUGUUACUGAAUAUUUAGGUGUUUUCAAAGCAUGAUGUGGACUGUGGAACUCUACCUUUGAGUCACUGCAAUUCAGCGUUUUAGAUGAGACUGCUUUUCCUGUAUUAAGGUACGUUUCAUGAGGAGUGUUCUCUUGGCCUCUUCUCGUAAAUGGGAGUGUACUAGGACUCUGGGUGUUAAGAGUGUUCUCUUGGCCUCUUCUCGUAAAUGGGAAUGUACUAGGACUCUGAGUGUUAAGAGUGUUCUCUUGGUCUCUUCUCGUAAAUGGGAAUGUACUAGGACUCUGGGUGUUAAGAGUGUUCUCUUGGCCUCUUCUCGUAAAUGGGAAUGUACUAGGACUCUGGGUGUUAAGAGUGUUCUCUUGGCCUCUUCUCGUAAAUGGGAAUGUACUAGGACUCUGGGUGUUAAGAGUGUUCUCUUGGCCUCUUCUCGUAAAUGGGAAUGUACUAGGACUCUGAGUGUUAAGAGUGUUAUUUUUUAUACUCAUGCCACUGGUGCUGCCAGUUGGCUGGUAUUAUUCUCAUAUCUUUCUGGAAAGGGCUGAUCUAUUUGUCCCAUUGGCUGAAAAGGAAAAGUACUGAUGGAAGAUCAAUAGCAGAACAAAUGGUAGCAUUUCUUACAGCACCACUAUUCUAUUGAAAUGAGACUUUAGAAUCCGCCCCUGGUUUUCUCCAUGUAUGAUGAUGACAGGGUGAUUUUUGUAUUUUGACCGCUGGUGGAAGAUAAUGUCCUCCCAACUCCUACUGUUACACUGAUCAGUUGACAAUGGUUUUUAUCAACUCUACCAUGUGUUGUAAUAAAAAAUGAUUUAUGUUUCUA